GUAUGACCAAACAACGCGGAAGUGAGCGGAGCCGUUGGACUGCCACGGGACCUGCUCUGCUUCUUGUCUUUCUGUUUGUUUGUUUGUUUUUCCGCCAGGAUGUCGGGAUUCGACAGCAACCCUUUCGAUAACGCAGUAGAGGUCAAUCCUUUUCAGGAUCCCUCUGUCACCCAGGUGACCCAGUCCGGAGUGGAUCACAUGCAGCAGUACCAACCGUUCCCUGCCGGUGACUCGGGAGCUCUGACCGGCACCACCAUCCCAGCCUCUACGGCCCAGACCCAGCCUGCUGUGCUGCAGCCGUCUGUGGAGCCGAGUCCUCAGGUAGCUGCUGCUGCAGGACAGGCCAAUUUGCUGAGGCAGCAGGAGGAACUGGAGAGGAAAGCAGCCGAGCUCGAGCGCAGGGAACAGGAGCUGCAGAGCAGAGAGCGAGUUACAGGCAAAGAGAACAACUGGCCUCCAUUGCCCAAAAUAUUUCCCAUAAAGCCAUGCUUCUACCAGGACUUCUCUGAGGAAAUUCCCGAGCAGCACAGGCGGCUCUGCAAGAUGAUGUAUUACCUGUGGAUGUUGUAUUGCGUGACACUGUUCCUAAACGUACUGGCGUGUUUGGCGUAUUUUACCGCCAAAGCCGAUUACGGAGUGGAUUUCGGCCUCUCCAUUCUGUGGUUCAUCCUCUUCACCCCCUGCUCUUUCCUCUGCUGGUUCCGACCCGUCUACAAGGCCUUCAGGACCGACAGCUCCUUCAAUUUCUUCUCCUUCUUCUUCAUCUUCUUCAUCCAGAUCGCAGUGAUGAUCAUUCAGUGUGUCGGGAUUCCCCGCUGGGGCAACAGCGGAUGGAUUUCUGCUCUCACCGAGAUCGGCGGUCACCUGGCCGUGAGCGCAGUGAUGAUGGUGGUCGCGGUUUUCUUCACCGCCUGCGCCGUGCUGUCGGUCAUCCUUCUUAAAAUGGUUCACUCUCAUUACCGGAGCAGCGGCGCGAGCUUCCAGAAAGCGCAGCAGGAGUUUUCCCAGGGCGUCCUCACCAAUCGCACCUUCCAGACUGCAGCGGCAACCGCGGCCACGACGGCGGCCCAGAGUUCCUUCCAGAGGAACUAAACCUGAGCAGCCCGAUUAACCCUCCCACCCCCACAAUCCCCCCCUCCCCUGCCCACCAAGAGCCAAGGUGCCGUCGCGUCUACCCGCGCAGGCUGCGCAGCUCCAUAACGCUUUGGCCUUCGGACUGCAGAGACAACACUUUAAAAGUUGUAUGUGAUGCUGAGGGGACGAAGUUCCAGCACUCAGUAACGUGUCUGUAUAUUUGUACGUGUGUAUGCUUUUCAGUUCGAAUGUAUAUCGUGUAUUGCAUCUCUGUGUGCGAAAUAAAACUAAAUUAAGAGUCGGGGAAGGUACCACAGAAUCAUCAGCGUAUCCUUACCACAGAACGACAACGAACAAAAGGUUUCUCCUCAGCGGCGUUCGCGGAAAUUAUGGGUUCGUUUGCCUGCGUCCGGCUUAUAAAUUCGUCGCGCUUGGAGCUUUUAUUCAGCAACGCCUCCAAAUUCUCGUGCCUUGCAAUUUCAGCCUUAUAGGAAUUCAGUCGUUAUUGCAAAAAAAAAUGAAGGGGAAUUCGUGUUCCAGGGUCAAAUAUAGAAAUUAACCAAUUAUUGCAAAACAGCACUGGAAUUGUAAAGUUUUUUUUUUCUCUUUUUUCUCCAUGAAGUCCUUUCAUUAGAUAACAGAGCCAAAAUAUAGUAUACUUCUGACCUUCAGAUCAUCAAUUUCUGAAUACUGUUCACUUUCUUAUGAUGAAGGAUAAAUACCACAAGCACCAGUGUGUGUCUGAUCUCCGCCUGUACAUGCAUAGAUAUUGUGCUGAUUAGUGGCCUAUGGAGUUUGAUUCUGCUUUUUUUUUUCUGAAACAAAAAACAAAACAAAAAUCUUAGCAUGUUUUAGCAUGUUCGACUUUUCUAAACAGAAACGCGUAGAGGUUUUUUGCACCUUAAGGAAGGGAUAAAUAAAUAAACGUAACUGUAACGGGUUGUGUGAAAUUGAUAUUGUAUUUGCCUGUAUUUUUUAUUAAAUACAGUGAUUUAAGCAAAUAAAGAAAAAUUUAAUUUUGU